AGUGAUAACGCAAAUAAAAAAAAUGAUUAUUGUAGUGUGAAAAGUCGCCGUUUUUAUUCAUUUAAAAUUUUUAUCAAGUUGAUAUAAUACAUGAUUUUACUUUAAUAGUUUUUUUAAAGAUCUGGUAGGGGAAAACAACUAACGUUAAAUCAGUGAUAGUUUAUUUGUUAUAUAUAUUAUGUUUGUGAAGAUCCCUCCAAGCUCCAUUCUGACACGUUCUUGAGACGCCAUGUUUGUCACGUUUUUUGCUAGUUGUGAAUUUGUUUGCCCAAAAAUUUCACAUUUAGUAGUUUUUCGCAAGCUAUAAGCAAGUGUCUUAAAAUUUAUCCACAAUGAGUAGCGUCUUUUCGAAGAACAAGGGAAAGCGGUCCAGAUCAUCGUCUGGAGAAUCUAACAAUUCGUUCGUAAAGAACGUGACAUCACGGGUGUCUGGUUUGCUGCCAGCAACUAUAACAAAAUGGUUCAGCAGCCCUCGCUCGAGUGCCAAUGGUUCGGCGGGCGGUGCGGACGCGACGGACUCGUCGACGGAGGAUGAGGGCCCGGAGAGCUCGGUGCAGCCCCCGAGUAAGAGGAUGCGGCGAGAAGAACGCUCUUUCGGAAGCGCUGACGCAAGUUGCGUCACAAACAACGUUGAGACAAUGGAAUCGUCCACCCAAUACACAGUUCAAUCGCCGCCCGGUCGGACCACGUUCCGGCGGGAGACCAACUUCGUGUCCACACCCAUCAGGCCAGACGAGACCACGGUCGAUCGGACCGCGGACCAGACGGAUAAGGAAUCGACGCCUACCUUCACUCAAAACACGACGGCGGCCGCUAUAGGUCUCAGUGCUUCCAGAAAGAGGAAAUCCCUGUUCGGGGAUAAGACGCACGAGUUAGGCGACGCUACUAAAAAUGCUUAUGCGAAAACAUCCAGCAACACACUCCGGGACCCACGGCAGCCAACCUUCAAGCCCACGCUUCUCGGCUCCCCAUUCUACGCCGGCAAGACCACAUACGGUGGCGCCGCGUCCUCCUACAUAAACCAGCCGAAUAUAUCACAGAGACAGAACACCACAGUGAUAGAGGCGCCCAGCACUAGUGAUAACAACAUGAGUACGUCCGCGAGGCGGAUCCUGGAGCUGCUGGAGUCGUACUCAUCGCCCCUGAUGGACGCCAAGAGGAUACCUCACUACACGAGGCCGACGAGGCAAGAAGUGUUGAAGCGGCACUCCGAGACCUCCGAUUCAUUCAUUUCGUUGUCGUCUUACAGAAAAACUAAUUCUUACAAAACGCAAGAGUUGCACGUGCCAAGCAUAGCAUCGAUCCUGCGACUGAAGCAGCGCUCGCGUCUCGACGACACCACCAACGCCGCGCGGCAGCUCGUCGCGUCGCACAGUAGCUCCUCGCACAACUACUCUCCUUAUCCGAGCUCUACCAAGAACAGAGACCAAUUGGCGGUGGACGGUAACAGCAAGUUUACAACUAAAGUGAAGACGAAGCGGACCAGGAUUCAUGGAAAUGGAGCUAACGCAUUAGAAACCGAAACGAUCACUCCCGUGGAACUGCCAAAAACAGUUUUACAAAUUGAUCUUAACAAUUUACCAAAUUUCAGCAUCCCAGUAGCCUCUAAAUCAAGCUCAAUAGAAAAACCUACUCUAAUAACGCCAUUCGCCACUAGUACGUUCGCACCUAAAAAGACCAGUGUUGAAAAAAGUAAGUCUGGAACAACAACUAGCAACAGUAUUUACAAUUUCGCUAAUCCAGUGAGAAUAACUAGUGAAUCUCCUAAGCCGACGUCAACGCCUCCCAAAUUCACAUUCGGUAGCCCAGAGCGAAGUAUAGACAAGCCUCUCGUUAGUGAAAAGACUUCUGAGCCUUCAAUAAUUCUAGGUGCGUCAAAAGAAAGCGAAAAGAAAACUGAGGCGGUGGCGGCCGAUUGGAACUGCCCAGACUGCUGGGUGAAGAAUAAAUCGGACGCGGCCUCUUGCGUGUGCUGCGGACACAAGCACCGAGCUGCGGCCGCCGCGACCGCCGCGACCGCUGCGACCCCCGCGACCCCCGCGACCCCCGCCAGUGCCAAGUGCUCGCUCUGCAAGCUCGCCAACACCCAACCCAACUCCGACAAAUGCGUCAACUGUGCGGCAGUUCAGGUCAACAACAUCGCUAAACCUCUCAAGGCGGACACUACCGCCAAGUGGUCCUGCAAGGACUGCUGGGUCAGCAACGACGACGCUUCAGACAAGUGCGCCUGCUGCGGCGCAGCCAACCCCAAGAAACAGUCCACACAAACUGUUCCCGCUGUUGAGACUUCCGGAGGAAUGUGCUCUAAAUGCUUCUCUACAAAAAAUAGUGAUGGAACCUGCAGCAAAUGUGCAGAAAGCAAACCCGAUAACACAUUCAAGAUUGUGCUAAAAUCCCAGGCGAACAAGUGGGAGUGCGAACAUUGCUUAGUUAGGAACGACAGCGAUAAAACCAAAUGCGUCUGCUGCGAGGCCGAUCGGUCCGGAGCGCCCAAACAGCCAGAGAGGAAGCAAUUCAACUUCGGAACUGUCAACACUACAUUCAAAUUUGGCAUUGAUCCGAAAGUGCAAGAAGCUAACUUGGCUAAGAUGUCGGAGAUACCGGCAGAAACAAAAGAUAAAGAAGAAGAAUCAGAAACUAACAAUAAUGUGCUAGCAAAGGCGCCGCCAACGUUCUCCUUCGGCAUACCGGCCAAGAAAUCGGAGGAUCAGCCUGACGCUCCCAAUAAGGCGGCAGAGAAAGCAGCCGAGACAUCUAAAGCCACCUUCACCUUUGGCGUUCCUAAACAGAACUCAUUAGCGCCAACCAGCACGCCCGCGCAGAUAUUCGGGAUCCCAAAUAAACUGACUGAAGCUUCUAAAGAAUCCGAAAAGAAAGACAAACCUAAAGAAAAAGAGAAGCCGGUUUUGAAUGAUAAACCCGAGGAAGCGAAAAAGGCAGAUGAGCCUGCUAAGCCGCCAGUUAUGAUGUUUGGAUCGGCCCCGUUGGCAGACAAGUCUACAACGAAUCAGCUGCUAAGUACAGCGUUUACUCUAAAAAAGGACGCCCCAAGCGCAUCGCUCAGUUUGGCUACCACGAGCACGCCUGCGCCUAUCCUGACUUUUUCGGCCCCGACGACCGGAUCAGCCGGAAAAACCGGUCUCUUUGGCGCCGCCGCGACUUCCGCGCCCGCGCCCACCAUAUCCUUCGCGCCAACUACCACAGCCUCGGCCACCUCAGCAUUAUCCAUGUUCCAAAAGACUGACGAAAAACCUGUAAAUACAAUCUUCCAAAAGAGUGAACCGUCGACGACGGCCUCGACCUCCAUAUUCCCAAAGAGCGACGCGCCCGCGGCGUCCGCCGCCGUGCCGGCCGCGGCAGCCGCGCCCGCUCCUGCCGCAGCGCCCAUGUUCAGCUUUGGCAGCUCUCAAGCGCAAUCGGGCGAAAAGCCUAGCUUUAAUUUCACAUUUGGUAGUAGUAAUAAAUCUGACGUGUUCAAACCGCCAACAUUCGCGGCGAAGGACAGCAGCACCACCGUUAACAAAUUUUCACUUGGAGGUUCUUCGACGGAAAAUCCUUUAGCACCGAAUUCUGUGGCCGGAGGCAACGGGCUGUCGGCAACUAACAGUUUGACCAGCAACUCUUUAGGCGGCAACAGUCUAUCGGUUAAUCCGCUAGCGGUGGGUCUGUCGCCCGGAAACAGCCUGUCCGCGGCCGCUCCUAGCAUAUUUGGGUCGGCAAUUCAGAAGGACUCGUGGACUCCGCCGAAUAACAGCGCGGCGAAUCCGUUUAACGCGAACGCGACUACGAACAGCGCGCCUAAACCUUUCUCGUUCGGAUCGUCGACUCCGUUCAGCGGGACCCCAACGCCGGCAUUCGGCACGAACAACACUCAGACAUCGACGCCGGCGUUUGGAAGCAACUUGGCAACGUCGCCGCCCGCGUUCGGGUCGGCUACUCAGCAGGCGGCGGCACCAGCCUUCGGCGCAUCUCAGACCGCGGCGACGCCCGCUUUCGGCUCUAUCGUGCAAUCCACGCCUAAUAUCUUUGGAAUGCCUAGUCAGAACAGCCAGCCGUCCAUAUUUUCGACGCCAAACCAGAAUGCGACGGGGAUGUUCGGGUCGCCCGCGCAGCCGGCUCAGGCGCCGGCACUGGGCAUGUUCGGGCGGCCGAGCGUGGGCGCCACGCCGACGUUCGGCACGCCGAACCCCUCGAUACCCAACUUCGAGGCGCCGUCGGUGCCGGCUCCAGCGCCCUCCUUCAACUUCGGCACGACUCAAACUUCCUCCUUCAUGUUCGGACAACAGCCACAGCAGCAGGCCCAGCAGCCGCAGCAGGCGGGUGUGUACAACUUCGGCGCCGCCGGCGGGCAGACGGCGCAGGUCCAGUUCAGCAUGGGCAGCGCGCCCAGCGCCGGCAUGCGUCGCGUGCGCCGAGGCUUGCGCCGCACCUUGCAGCGAUGAACCCCCGGCACGUUGGACCCGGCUAAUAGAGUGACCGGUACUGUUUGGCAAAACCUCGAGUCCUCAUUAGGCUCGGCUCAGUUUUUUAGACACGUCAAAUUGAGUUUUUUUUAAUUUCUAGGGAGACAACAAUUUUCAUAUCGCGUUAGUUACAAGUUGCAUGCAUAAUUUUUUUUAGUUUUUAUCAUAAUUUAUAUUGAUUGAAUUGAACACCUGAAAAAAUAAAAUACUUUUAAAAGAAUAUUUAAAAUGUUGAAAAAAUUUUAACGAUUGCAAUUUUUUAUACUUUUUAAUUAUUUAUUCUUUUAAUUAAAUUAUUAUUUAAUGACGGUAAUAAACAUCCGAAUAUUAUUUUAUUUAAUUAUUUAAAUUUUAUAAAAAAUAUUUCGUUCAUAUACCGGGUGUUUCCUGUAACAGGAGCAUUAAAUUAAACUGGAGGGUGUACGCCUCAAACUGACCAACAUUAUAAAACUCCCGUGAGACUCAAACAUAUUGAUUAUUUUAAACCGAGUCAGUUACAAUUUGCAUGCAUAAUUUUUUUUUAGUUUUUUUUAUCAUAAUUUAUAUUGAUUGAAUUGAACACCGGAAAAAAUUAAAAUACUUUUAAAAGAAUAUUUAAAAUCUUGAAAAAUUUUAAACGGUUGAAACGCUGAUAAUUUUUGGCGCGAACUCGACAGAGCACGAUGAUUGCAAUUUUUUAUACUUUUUAAUUAUUUAUUAUUUUAAUUAAAUGAUUAUUUAAUGACGGUAAUAAACAUCCGAAUAUUAUUUUUUAAAUUUUAUAAAAAAUAUUUCGUUCAAAUACCGGGUGUUUCCUGUAACAGGAGCAUUAAAUUAAACUAGAGGGUGUACGCCUCAAACUGACCAACAUUAUAAAACUCCCGUGAGACUCAAACAUAUUAGAUUAUUUUAAACCAGGUCACUCACGUAUUAUUAAGUCGAAUGGCUUGACAUGUUUCGGUCCAAUAUACGAGGACCAUCUUCACGGAGACACGGCACGUCUUCACUGGUCGAGGGCGCGGCGUGUACUGCGGGCCAAAGCCCUACUCGCCCGGCCGCUCACGACAGACGGCGUCGGCGGUGCCGGCGACGUCACCGUUGCGAGGAUAGCUCUACCCUCCGUAUUGCGUUUGUCAAAUGUCGGAUCGCACACAACACUCACUGAGUCACUUGCUAAAUGCCGGUCCACACUGACCACCGACGCAGUACCCAAAACCGUUUUCCAACUAGGCGGCACCGACCAGCCACUGUCACGAUUGACCGCGCCCUCGACCAGUGAAGACGUGUCGUGUCUCCGUGAAGGCGGUCCUCGUAAAUUGGACCGAAACAUGUCGAGCUAUUCGACUUAAUAAUACGUGAGUGACCCGGUUUAAAAUAAUCUAAUAUGACCUACAUUAGUUCAGCAACUUUUUAAAAUAAUGAAAUUUUUAGAUUUUACCAUUUUCAUACUAAUUGAAAAAAUGAAAAUGAAAAAAUGAAAAAUAUAUUUAUUUUGCACACAAAAAUGGGAAUUUGCAGAUUUAGUAUACAUGAGGUCCAGGUUGCGCGCAUACAGCGGUACAUUUAAAACAGUAUGAACAGGGGUCCCCAAACUAGGCAUAGCCUGUAUCUUGGGCGACCAGUUAGUGAAUUAAAAACUAGAUUGAAAAAAAAGAAAGUAUGUCUAAAGAUGAAGAUAGGUGCUAGUGCUAAUAACCUUAGCUACUUGGGAUUUACGUUGGUCAGUCUGUCAGUCAAGUCUCUUACGGCUAAGUGUCUAUACCUAUAGGUUAAAUGUCAAAUAAAUAAAUAUGUAAAUUAAAUAUUAUUUUCAAUGUACGCUGCCAUCUGUGUGUUUUACGUUGCUUGUCACCCUUUAAACAUAACAAACAUGGAGACUAUAUAAAGGAGCCAAAUCUCUAUGUAUGAAAAGUGUCCAUCAAAAAACAGUAAUCAGGCGGCGCCACCUUACACCGAAAUACUACCAAAAACAAACGUAAUAUGGUCGGGUUAUUUGUUGCCUUAUAUGGCUCAUGUUAUACUCAUGUCCCAGAGCCUAACUAGCGCCACCGGAGAGAUUAGGAACUAUUAUUUACAGCUGAAAGCUGGUCACUUUUGCAAUAGUUCUGCCAUAAGAGAUUGUCGUCCUUUCUAUACCGUCCAUAAUAACAAAUUUUGCAAUACUUUAAAAGUGUAAUGAAAAUCAAAACACAAGUUAUUUUUAAAACUAGCUGAACAAAUGUUGGUCAAUUUGAGGAGUACAGCCUCCAAUUUAAUUUAAUGCCCCUGUUACAGGAAACACCCGGUAUAAAAACUUCAUGCACGAGGCUAAUUAUAAGAAAAUCUUGUUUUUUUGAAAACUAUUCCCGUUUGGAUUUGUACUAAGUUCCCGAUUUGACCAAACUGAAUGAGCCAGUGGCGAACGGGCACUGACGUCAUUCACUUUGCCGCUAUCUAGUUUAAUUUAAUGUUAGGUAUUUUAUUAAGACGAAGGUUUUCUUUAGUAACAAUUCGACCUUUGAGCGGUUUGCCCGUAUUGUUCUAGAUAUGCCGCUAUUGAUCUUCGUUUGCGUUAGCCACUUUGUUCAUUAUUUUUAAUGAAAUAUUAUCAUCGAGCAUAUAAACUUGUGUAUUAAUUGCCCUGUACGUGUCCAGUGAUACCUGUAUUACUGUAACAAAAUGCUUAAGCGAUUACUUUCAACGUGUGAAGUUUGUCAAAUCAUCUUAAGAUAAAUUAGAUUAUUAAAAGGCCUAGUUUAUAUUACCCAGUCUAUCAUGAUUCUCUAAAAGUUUUCACGGACACGGACAACAGAAGUCAACGUUUCUUAAAUCAAUCUGUAGAAUUAAACCCUCAUUUUGAAACUUUAAAAUUUAUCUUAGUGCUACAGACAAUUUUUUAUAAAUUUUUAUAUUUUGUCGUAAAGUUAGAUAAUUAUACAUGCAUAUUGCAUGUUCCUAAAUUAUUAACUUAUAAUAACGAGUGGCGAUAAAUUAAAACACGACCGAAGGGAGUGUUUUAAACAGACACGAGUUGCGAAUUACCUAUGCGCACGUGUAUCGUACAACGUUAUAUACUACAUAUGGCCCAUUAAAUUUCGACAUUUGACAUAGGUGUGUAGAAUCAUGCACUUGCACUUAUCUGAUAAACGCCGCGUUGUUGCCGCCCGAUAGCAGUUAGUUAUUUGACCAAAUUUAGAUUUUUCCUAAAUACUACACGUUUGUCACUGACAAGAGUGACAAGGCGUUGGCGUCAAAUAUAUUGUACAGGGUAGCCGAAAAAUACAUUGACAAAGAAUUUAUAAGAAUAUUUUUCUUACUUUACGUGUAAGUAAGAAAGUUAUUCUUAUACAUUAUUUACAAAAUGUCAAUAAAAAUUAAAACUACAUACAAAAUCAUUUAAAGCAAAACGUAUUGUCUUCAAAAUAUUCUUCUUUAGCUUUUAGAACAACAAUGACCCGCUUUCAGGGCAUGAGAAACGAAAUAUAUGUUGUCAGUGUAUUUUUGGGCGAUCUUGUAUAAAGAAGAGACGCUUUCCAGAUAGAUUUUCGUACUUUGACCCGCCUGUUGCUAUCUCUAUUGCACGCGCAUAAUUUAUUGCUGUCAAAUUCGCACAGUGACAUUGACAACCGGCAUCAUGGGCGGGACACAUAGACAUAGUAUAGUAGUUAUAGACAUGAAACCGAGCGACCAGGGGUAAGAGAGACAUAUUCAUGUAUUGACAGGUUAAUGUAUGGCAGCAUAAUCCUUUUUCUCUUUCACUCUUCUAAAUUUCGGUAUUUCGCCAUCGCCUCCUACCUAUGCUGCCAUAACCCGACCAUGAAAAAAAAACCCGGGCGGUGAUAAGGACAAAGCAUGGCACUAUUUUCUCUUUCCUCUUAUAGGAAUCGCAAUAAGACUAUAUUUGUCUAUCAAAGAGUGUCAGGCCUUUGGCGAGACAGCAUAAAGCAAGACAGUAUCGUGUAUAAAGUUUGCAAUAGGGAUGUUGUCAAUUUUUUAGAACUGUAUUCAUUUUAUAGAUAGAUACGUAAUUAUUGCAAAAAAAAAUGUUUAUGAAUUUUUAUUUAUAAUUUUUUAAUAAAAAAUCGACUAAUUAGUUCAGUGUUUAGUGUUUGUGUUUUAAAUUAGUUUAGUGUGAUCUUGAUGACGUAACAAUGUGAUAAACAAACCGCUGUCAGUGCCACCUCUGGCGCUGACCUGGGCCGUGUUGCAUAAUGAACUAGAACUAAUAUUACAAGCGGAACUCAUUUUCUGAUAAGUGUAAUUAGAAAAGGAGUUCCGCUUGUAAUAUUAGUUGUAGUUUAUUAUGCAACACGGCCUUGGUGGUCCUCACUGGUGGUUUGACAACUUGUCUGUGCGUGUUUAUCACAACGUGACGUCACGCACUCCGAUUUGCUUUUGAAGUCACGUGAUGCUGGGCAUUAUUUUAAAUACUUUUAAAUUAUUUUUAAUUAAUUUAUUACGCAUAAUAAUAUUUACACUUAACAAAAUAUGAUUUUCACCUCAGCAGCUCGAACAAGCCUACUUUCGUCACUCCCUGGAGUGAGGAAAGUGCGACUUUCCUCACUCCAGGGAGUGAAACAAUGUAGCUUUUUAAUUUAGUGAAGGCCAUGAACUUCAUACUUUUAUUACAUUUUUUUAUGGUAUGGUACGGUACGGUACGGUACGUUACGGUACGGUCCGGUCCGGUCUGGUCCGGUUCGGUCCCGUCCCGUCCCGUAUCGUAUCGUAUCGUACAUAUUAUAAUACUUUUUUUUCUGUUUAUUCUGUGUAAUUCGAAAUACAUUUUAACCUUUAAUAUGUUCUCACUACUGAGGUGAAAAUUUAUGUGUGCAACACGAGAGCAAAGUUAUUUUACAUCUCGUGUUUUUGACUCCCUCGCUACGCUCAAGAUUCUACCUUAGAAUCACUCGCUUCGCUCGUGAUUCAAUUAUAGAAUGUUUCGCUUUCUCGGGACUCAAAAUAAACACUCGCAAGAAAAACGAACUUUCCUCUCUUGUUGCACAAAUAACUAUUUCAGCAUUCUAAUAUUCCCUGCUAUGGUAAAAACAAUAUUAAUUUUUAUAUAUUCGCGAUUCAUGUCAACAAUUCAACAUCCCUAUUGCUGACCUGCGUACAAAUAUCAGCCACUGGUUUUAUUUUCUACACUAGUGAGUUGUCUGAUUCUAUUUUUUGCGUGAUUAUGCUGUUGUUAAUUAUUGAUUGUUAUUUGUUUUUCGCUCUAAACCUUAAAAAAUAAACCAACACGUAACACACAAAAUCUUCUUCUGCCGUGCCUUAUCCCUUUAUUUGGGGUCGGCCCUCCUCGUUUUACGGCGCCAAGACAGUCGGUCUUGGGUUGUCUGCUCGUCUAGUUGAGCUCGUUCUAGAUCGUUAGCAACGGUUGUCCACCACGUGGCGCACGGUCGUCCUCUACCUCUUCUUUUAUCCGGGAUAGCUAGGGCCUUCUUUACAGCGUUGUUCUCGUCCCGUCGCAUUACAUGGCCGUACCAUCGCAUACGACUUUCCAUCAUCUUAUCCACGAUGGGAGCAACUUUAAAAGAGCCUCGGAUAUAUUCAUUCCGCACUCUGUCCAAUCUUGUUACUCCGGCUGCCCACCGUAGCAUUUUCAUUUCAGUCGUGUGCAUCUUUUGUUCGUGCUGCUGUUUGACGGCCCAGCACUCGGUACCGUACAUCAUGGCUGGUCUUACUGCCGUUUUGUAGACUUUGGCAUCACAUAACACACCCGUAAGGGUUCUCCAUUUUAGCCAGGCUGCAUUUGUCCUAUGCUACGCUACGUCCGCAUCGAUGUUGGCAUCAGCGCUUAGCAUCGAUCCCAGAUAUUUAAAUUGAUGUACCUUCCGUAAUGGCUGUCCGUCAAUUGAUAUGGCUAUUUUUGUUUCUGCUAAUGCGGAGGCCAUUAUUCUCUAGCGCUUGUGCCCAGUCCUGCAAGGUGUUCUGCAGGUUCUUUCCGCACUUAUCGGCUAUAGCUAUAUCGUCAGCGUAUAGUAAGCACCAUGGGACAGCUGAUUGGAUGUGCUUGGUGAGGUAGUCCAUAGACAGGUUGAAUAGGAGUGGGCUUAGAGCCGAGCCUUGAUGCACUCCAACUUUGACUUCUAAUGGCUUACUAACUCCAGCCACACUUCUCACUUGUGUACUGAUGCGGUCAUACAUAUCUUGCACCAGACAGAUGUAGUGUUCUGGUAUUUCUUGUGCCCACAUAGCUUGCCAUACUAAUCUACGCGGAGCUAAUUGCUUUCUUGGGGUUAGAUAUGAGGAUAUCAAGUAUCAUUUGUAGUACAUUGUACAAAAAAAAAACAGCCAUAUCAUAUCUGGAGGAGCCCAAACUUGACAUGUUUUGAAAAUUAUUUUUGUUUUAAUUUAAGAAAUAUGGCUGAAUAUUUUUUUAUUUUUGUGUGUAAUAUAUAUAGUAUAAUGUGGUAUAGAUAGGUUUAAAAAAAAAAAAAUUUUAAUACACAAAGACAUAUGUUUCACCACUCCCCUCCUUAUGGAUUGUUUUUUAGGAACUGCGGGUCAUAAAUUUAGUUUUGACCUCUAGUAUGUAUAGUAUAAUGUGGUAUAGAUAGGUUUUAAACAAAAAAAUUUUUUUUUAAUACACAGACAUAUGUUUCAGCACUCCCCUCCUUAUGGAUUGUUUUUUAGGAACUGCGGGUCAUAAAUUUAGUUUUGACCUCUAGUAUGCGUGUGCGAAACUGCUAACCUGUACAUCGAUUUGCGGUUUUUCUUUGAAAUUGGGCUUGUACGGCUGCCACUAUACGGCCUUCAUAAAUUAACAUCUUACGAGUUUUCCAGUGCAGUGCAAUUUAUCUUAAUAAAAUACUACCCGUACUUUUAAUUCCGUUUAUAUGAAACUUAAAUAACUCAUUGUGCUAAUGGACCUACACUUAUUUAGCAAAAUAAGAAAGGAAUAUUUUUCUAGAAACUCACGAUGUGAUUCCGCUAAUUAUCAUAUUUCAAUGUGUGAUUAGUUUUGUGUUAAGACUGCAUUAUCUUCAAACGAUUCGUCUUCAGUUGUGAUAUGAAAUGAAACGUAUAUGCUGGCACUUGACAUGGCUCUAUUUGGCAAAUGGCUCCAUGUGAAGUGCUAGUAAUACAUAUUAGCCCAACUUUAUUGACGCCCAGCGAUUAUGAAGCUUAGUGUAAUAUUUGUAGUGAUUAAGUAUUUUUAUUAAAUGCGUUAAUUUAUUAUUUUACGUCAAUAACUGAAAUUUAGAUAUAGGAUAAAAUGCCAGUGCCACUUUUAAAUGUGAUUAUUCCUAUUAGAAAAAUGUAAUUCUUCAACACAAGACGAAUCGUCUGAACUGUCUGAAGUUGCCGGUUCGUAGAACAUUUGUCUCACUCAUUUAUUAUACUCCUUGAAAUUAAAUUCCGUUCCGAUAUUGUGCAAUUUACAGUUGCUCAUAUAUAUAAAUAGCCUUAAAGUGCAAACGCGAAGUAGAAAUAUGUAACACUACUAUUGCGCCUAAAUUGUUCUACUUAUUAUGUACUACAGAGGGGGUAGCUUUAUAGUAUGACAUGACUUUUUUUGUUGAAAAUUAAAUUAGUUUCAUGAAGGUAUAAUGUUACCCGCGAUGUCAUGCGGAAUAUGAGCUUGCGUAAAUUACCUAUUGUAAAACUAAAUAGUUCUAAGUUUCUCUGUAAAUUUUGUUAGUGGAAAUGUUCGUGUAUAAAAUUAUAAUUAGCCUCAUGCAUGAAGUUUAUAUUUGAACGAAAUAUGUUUUAUUCGGAUGUUUGUUACCGUUAUAUCAUGUUACAAUACAUUUCCGUUUUUAAAUUACCAUUUAAUUACUUAAAAUUAUAAAUAAAAAGUACAAAAAUUUGGCCGCGAAAAGCUAGUGAGCGAAACGCUCCAAACGCCACGUGACGUCACGCGUUCGACAGAUUAGUGUCAUUAGUAGCAAACGUCAGUUGGGCCGCCCAACGUGUGACGUCAUCACGCUCUGUCGAAUUCGCGCCAAAAAUUAUGAGCGUUUCAACCGCUCAAAAAUUUCAACAUUUUAAAUAAUUUUUAAUAAAAUAAUGUUAAGGUUUAUAAAAGUAUUUUUAUCAUUCCAACGAUAUAAAUUAUGAAUCCAAAAAUAAAAAUAAAUUCAUGCAUGGAGUUAAUUUUACUCAAAUGACUUUUAUAAAACUGCCGAACUAAAUGGCAUCAAAUUUGAAGAUGUCACGUAUGACGGUGAUUGUAUUAGUAUUUUAAUUUUAUACCUUGAUUUAACAGCAAACUAUUGUUUUAUAUUUUCAUGAUAGCGUCUCUUAUUGUUACUUUAAAUUGACAAAGGGGCGCCCGCUUAGGUUGUAUUUUAUUCAGACAAGAGACGUGCUUCUUCAUCGAAAGCUGGGACUCCGCCCUAAACAAUCAUUGUAUUAAAAAACGGUUUACUAACUACCCAGUUUCGAUGAAAACAGUAAAGCUCAAACUCUUUUUAGCUAUCAUUCCGAAUUCACGAUUAUAUGUAUGGAAGCUGGUCUUUCAGAAUAAUGUUGAAGAAUCAAAAGUGAGGUAGCAGGCGAUGUAACUAAGUACUUAUAUUUGAAAAUUGUUAUUUGUAAAUGUAAAUGUCUCGAAGAUAAUAUAAGGAUAGAGUGGCAUAUGGGAUCUGUUAGGUAGCCAAAUGGCCGAUUAGUAUCCGCCUGUGGGAAGCCAGAAGGUGGCCUUCGCACGGCUCGUAUGAGAGUGGAUGGCCGGCGACCGGGACGGACGGGCGCAGAAGCGUGUAAGAGUAAGGAAAAACAAAUAUCUCCGUUAUUGUAGUUUUGCUCUAAGGACACCCCUUGUCCAACUAAGGAAGGCUACCAUUGUAAUAGGCAUCCUAUUUUGUAUCUUUAAGUUUUAGAAGUAUAUUCAGCAUGGAACAACGUCAGGCAAAACAUUGUAACAGGCUCGUGUAAGAUUAGUUGGGAUCGAUAUUUUGUAUAUUAAAAAAGUAAUUAGUAAGAAAAAUUAAACUUUAUAAUGAGAUGUUUGUUUAUAUUUGUGCUCCAUUGACUGUUACGAUAUUUUGCUUGUUUAGUAAUUAUUUCUGUAUAUAGUUAGUUGAGUUGAAUCAUUUCGCGAUUUGUAGUCGCAUUUGGACCUAGUAAUUAUCGUUUUUUUAAAUAAGUAACAAAUUAAAUCAAAAGGCCUCCAAAUGCGCACUACUUUGAGUCACUAAGUAAUGUAAUGUAAAAACAUGUUAUUGUAUUUAACUGAACUAUCAGUGAAUAUUACAAUAAAGAAUAAUGGGAACUUGGGGAGCAAAACUAAACUUGUAUACUUCCGCGGGUUGAUAUUAAUGUUGACAAAUUAAAUGAUAAUUACGAUCGUUGAUUUAUAAAUGCUUUAGAUUUGUUCCUCAAUUAAACUGCCAUCAAAAU